AUGAAGCUUGAGUCUGCUGCAGUGGACUUUCUUCUAUGUGCCUUCGUCAUGUCGAACAGCAUGGGAAGACUUUGGGAGCAGGAUGUAUGGUGGCAGCUCCGUCUUGGAGACGAGAUACUUCGUGGGCGAGGUUUUCCGACACACGAGGAAUGGACCUACACUAGCAGCCACGUGCCUUUUCACAACCACUGGUGGCUUUUUGUUCUGCCCUUCUCGGUCUUGUACCAUCUGGGUGGUGUGCCCGCUCUGAUCUCCUUGCGUGGCCUACUGUGUGGAGUCUUGGCCAAGCUGCAAAUGAUGCUCAGUCCGGGGCCGUUGCGGUGGCUGCUGGCAGCGAUUUCAUUUCGGAUCUCCAAGCACCGACUCCAAUGCCGACCAGAGCUCGUGUCCCUCGUCCUUUUCGCUGCGCUGCCUUUGCUGUACCGCGCUGUGGCCCAAGCGGAUGCAGGUCGAGACAAGCUGAAGAGAGGCGUUGUGUUUUGGCCGAAGGAGGUCUUGUGGAUGUACGCCUGCGUGGUUGCAGCAGCGAACGUCCACUUCGGUGUGGUGCCCUGGCCGGUUUUAUGCUGCGGAGCCCUGCUAGCCGACGAUCUCUUCGACCCGGGUGCCCCUGGAUCCACCACCUGCUCCUGGCUGCGGGGUGUGAAUCUGACACCAGUUCUGCGAGCAGUGCCAGUGCUGUUUCUUCCGUGCUUCAGCCCUCAACCGCUGGCCGGGCUGCAUUAUAUCCUCCAUCACCGACCUGGAAAAUAUGCAGCAACCAAGCAUUUGACGAACCCCGAGCAUCGUAGUUUCCUGGAGGAGUGGGAGGAAUUCUACCGGGAGCUGCCAGCAUGGAGCCGCGUCGAUGGGUCCCAGCUUCACCGGCUGUUCUUUAGCCAAUCUCCCUUGAAGCAUGUGCCCUGGAUCUGCGUGUACUUUGGUCUUGCCAUCUUGGUAGUGGUUGUGUGGUUUCUUCGAAGCAGACAGAACAGACCUGUCGGCCUAAAAUCGCCGGUCAUUACACUGUCGGCGCUUGGAAUCAUGACGUACCUGGUGUACGACCGGACACGAACAGUUGUUUGGCCGGCUUGUUUCCUGACAGCAAUGCUGGGUCGGAGCUCUUUGGCAUCCUCUCAACCCCGGGGCGUUGUUGGUUUUUGUGUAAGCCUGGUCUUGUUUCUAUUGUCCGUCUAUCUCGUUCUGGGUGACUUUGAAGAGCCAUCUUUCAAGUUGGUAACUAUGAAUUGGCCAGUGCGGUCUGCUGAGUUCGUCCACGGCUACAACCUUACAGGGAACAUCUAUCACACCAUAACCUUUGGUGGUUACUUGCUAUAUUGGUUGCCAAAUAAGCAUUUCGCAGACACCCGGGAAUAUUGUUUCCAGCACCUGGACGAGCUGUACAAAAGUGUGUACCUGGACCACGUCCGUCUCCACCGCGACAUUCUGCAAAAGCAUCAGGUGAACAUCUAUGUCGCCCUGAUCCCGAAAACUAGACGACUACCCAUGGGAGGUUUCGAGGACGUUGCUGAUAGGUUUCUUCCCAAGCGUGACUGGGCGAGAGUUUUCUUUGACCAUGUGAGCGAAGUGUUUCUCAGGCGCUCAGUUCCCGAGUUUAAAGAUCUUAUUGCAGAGAGGGAGGUUUUCCUCAAUCCUGCGUUUCCCCCUGAUUACCAUGUCCGUGUCCUUCUCGGAAGGGAUGCAGGGAAUCCCGAGCGAUUGAAGCGAGACUUGGACGUGUGCUUAGCCAGGGGGGAGCUCUACUGUGAGUUGAUCGAGGCUCUCCGAACCUCUACAACUGAGGGCACUGCAAGAGUUUCCUCGUGGCUGCAACGCCUGGAGGGCAAGGAUCCACAGGACCUCAAGAACGAACGGCGGCUGACCCGUGAGUACUGUGAAUCUGUGAAGAUUCAUCUUGGCAGGCAGUUGAACGGCACAAGAACGAGCUAG